AUGGAACCGCCGGCAAAGCGCCGCCGCAUGAGCCAGUGGCUGUUGGACAAAGAGAAUGCCGACGAAGACGAUGAGCUCGCCUCUCAGCCUUUCGAGGUUGAGGCUAAGCGAGAUCCAGAUUACAAGCUUUCCGUCGAAAGAGCUUUUGCAGACCAGCGAUUCCAGGUUACCAUGGCGCAUAUCUUCGAAAAGUAUGGCCGUGACUUCGAAGGCAUUGGCGACGAGAUCGAUCUUGUGACAGGCGAGAUUGUCGUUAACAACGGCCAUGUUCGCAAUAUGCGCGACGAAGGAGACGUCGGAGACGGUCUAGCAGGCGAUCUCGCGGAUGAAGAGGAUGACGAGGACGAAGGAAUUUUGUUGGAAGAUUUUUUUGAUGACGAAGAGGAAUAUGGAGACGAGGGGAGGGGAGAAAAGAGGCAGGAUGGCUUUGGAGCGAAAGCUCAGAAUAGAAACGAUACGGACGACGACGAGGAAGAUCGGAUAAUACAGGGCCGCGAGGCGUCGCGCGAUUCACAUUCUACAGCCCUUGUGCUGGGAUCAUCGUCAAGAAACACGCUGGACGUUUCUAGAGCAGUCGCACGCAACUCGCUAUGUGCAGCGCAGGGUUUUGCGCCUCCCACGGAGCUACCCUUUGCUUCCUCUCCGUUCUCGUUUGACCGAUCACCAUUCGCCAUGGAACCUUGGGGCUUCCCCGGCCAGUACUCUGAUCCAUUAUGGGACAAGCCCGAAUUAUUUGCAGUCCAUCAGCCACAAAAGCAACAAUUACCGAUCAAACCAAGUCGAUAUAAUUUCCCCAAGCAGAAUGGCGAAAGCUCAAUCUGGGCGCCCAAUUCGAAAUUCCGAGACAAUGAAGAUGAACCCCUUCCAUCAGCAUUCACGAACACUUUUGGCAAGCAUUUGCUUAUAGGGAGGAGGAAAAUCAUUAGACAUCCUUUGCUGCCGCCGCCUACGAAGCCUGUGGAUGAUGAGGGCAGGAGAGAAGAGGAGGAAGAGGAGGAAGAUGAAGAUGUGAUUUUGACCGGGAAAAUAUAUAAAGAAAAGCAAAUUGCCAAUGACAGCCCAGCAGAGCCUGCUAGGCAGAGCAAUAAUUUGCAACAAUCCAAGAGCCUAGCGAGGAAAGAGGCCGAAGAAAGGGGAGGGGAGGGCACUUCGAGUGACAGCGGCUACAAGUCCAUGGGAAGCGCUCGGAGAGGCAGAAAGAGAAAACAGAGGUCAGGCGAAGACUUGACAAGGAAUGAGGCUUCGGUUACACCCUCUGGCGGUUUAAAGAAGGCCUCUGAUCCACAACCCAACAAGCUUUCGCACAAAGCCAAAGAACCGGACCAAAAGGCAUCGCUUAUUGAACUACCUGACGAGGCUGAUGGACGAAGGCGCUCUGGACGGACGAGGAAACAGGUUGAAUUCCUGAACAAGAUUUCCUGGGCUGAAGCGUUGGCAGAGCGAAGCGCCGAAAAACACGACUCAUAUCACGAAAAUGGGGAAGCUGAAGGGUCUGAAUCAGCCCAAGAAUGUGAAGAACAUCGUACCUUGUCGGAGCCAGAGACUGAUUGCAUCCCGGACUCUGCUGACGAAGAGGAGGAAGAAGAAGGAGAAGAAGGAGAGAAUGGCGAUUCAACCCCCCCAGUUGAUUUGUCUACUUCACACGAAAGCGAAGUUCGCCAACCGGAAAUUGCUAAUCAUUCUCGUGCGCAAGUGUCGGCUGGGUUUCUCCACAAACCUGUCGAUUCAGGUUGCCUUCUUUCGGACGACGAAGCCCCAACCGUGUUGUCCAAGUCGAGGAAAUCUGCUCCCCGACAUAUACCAGACAACACACUUCCACUACGCGAGAUUCACAGUGUCGAGGCGAAUUCGAGAGUGGAAGCCAGCUCUUCAGAUGUUGGCAAAGAAAGGCUGCCAAGCUAUUCUCUCAAAAAGCGCAUGACUACAAAGAAUGCCAUUAUAGACUCGUCUCCCACCGCGCAUAAGAGAAGCAUUGCACACCUGGAAAUUCCAUCGGAAGAAUCCAUCGGCUUGGCAUCAUUAUCCUCUUCUCCCACUCGCUUCUUCUCUCGAAUCACCCUCGACGUAUCCCUAGAUGAUACGCCUCAGCCCUUAGAAGCCUCAGCAAAGAAGGCAAGGAAUCAGUCUACGGUCAUUCCGCCUUCAAGCUCACCCGCUAGUGAAGACUCGAAAGAUAUAACAUCUACGCAGAAGAGACGCCUCUCAAAACAGCCAGUGAAGCAUAUCACCGCCGUCACCGUCAUUGAUGAUAGCUCUUAUGAAACAUUCGACGACCUCUCUCAUACCGAAUCUUCGCCACUCACUAAGACUUCGCUGCGCGUCGAGCCAGCCCUUCCAUCUCCUCGACGCACUGUCUCGCCUCCUGAGGUGGUAAAUCAGACACUCGCACAAUCUCCCUCAAAAGGGUCUUCAAAUUCUCCGUCGAAAUCCCCCUCAAAGAGCCCUUCAAAACGCGACUCGCAGUUGACCUCCACCAUGGAGGUCGACAAGCCCUUGCCAUCAUUGAGCAAUCCACCCCGGACGCCCCGUCGACAUCGCUCCUUGAAGGUUCCUUCUUCUCGACAUUCCAUCCUAUCUUUGCUAUCCGAUGAUGAGGACGAGGGUAUUGACGAGCUGGGCCGCAACUUGACUGCGGUGCCCAAGUUGCCGAGUUCCGCGGCGCAGACGACUGCGCGCAAAAUGUGGAAACCUAGCUCCCGUACUAGAGAGGUGUAUCACACUCCGGUCAAGAAAAGGCCGUCUGAGCCCGUCAGUCCCGGUAGUAUUAUCAAGACGCCUGGUGGCACACUGAGGGCGUGCGGGUUGGAUGGAUAUAGAUGCGGACGAGAUUUCUGUUUUACGUGUCUAUAG